AUGGAGGAACAGCAGGAAUUUUUUGGGAAGGUUACACACGUGCUUGGAAGGACUGGGGGAUCUGGGCUGUUAACUCAGGUGAAGAUGGAGCUUAUGCAUAAUAAGAGAACGAUCCAAAGGGCAGUUAAAGGCCCUGUGGCAGUGGGGGAUAUUAUUGAGGUACUAGAAUGUGAACGUGAGCAUCGAAAGACAAGAUAG